AAAUGUUGAUGACAUUUGUUAUUUCAGUACUAAAUAUAUUACAGAAAUGUCAUUCACAUGAUGAAUCAACUAAUUACGUUUCGGAAACAUCUGAUGAUAUGGAAGAAGAGCCUUUUCGUAGAAAUAUGUAUAAAAAAUCUGAGAAAUACAACAGUUUAUCUAUAGACUUAUCACCCUCGAAACCUAUUACGUAUAACACAGAGGUCACAAUAGGAGCGACGGAGCCAACGGUGGUUAACAAAAAUUACGAAAACGAAAAACCCAUUGACCAGUCGCUGAAUGCUGUCAACCAAGAUCUUCAUAAGGAUCUAGGAAUUAUAACUGAAGUUAAUACACCAUUUAGAGAAGAGAUAACAACUAAAGCAACAACUCUCGGCAACCGUCAAAUGCGUAGGAUUUACAAUCCUGAUGAAACGGCUUUAAUAGAGGACUAUCCGUUCAUGGCUGUCUUGUUGAUGAACGGAAAGCUAUGGUGUGGUGGUGCUAUUAUAGAGGAAGAUACGGUUAUGACCGCAGCGCAUUGUAUGCAAUUGCAGUACAACAACCGAUUCUUCCGUGAAUACGUCAAAAUGCUGACUGUCCGCGUCGGCUCGAACAACGCGACCGCCGGCGGCCGUGUCUACCGCGUCACUGAUAUCUUCUUCCAUCCAAACUACAAGCCAAAUACCUUAGAAUUCAAUGUAGCUGUCGUCAAACUACAUAAGAAUAUAACAAUUAAAAGCGAUAGAAACGUGGACGUUAUUGGACAUUCACGAGAAAAACUGAUCCCUACAGAUACAGAGGUUACAUUUCUAGGAUGGGGAUCUGUUUGGGGUCAUGGCAGCAUUGAAGAACAAGUAUUACUCCAGAAGGUAGUUCUACCAGUCUACGAUUUAUCGGACUGUCAAGAAGUUUAUGGAAAAGAUUUAGUUACACGAACUAACUUUUGUGCCGGAUACAUAACUGUGCGAAAGAAUGUUUGCAAUCAUGACGCGGGAGGUCCAGCUAUAAUGGAUGGUGUCUUAGUAGGUAUACUGUCGUUCUCCGCCAAGAGAUGUGAUAAGCCAGACAAACCCGCGGUAUUUACUUCUGUUGGAGCGGUGUCCGAUUGGUUGACUAAUGUUGACGCUAGGAAAAAAACAAGAUAUUUAGAAUCAAAAUAUCCAGAGAAAAUUUAACUGAAAACAGCAAUGAAACAAUAAUAUGUUACAUCAAUAAUAUAUUUCUUCUAAUAAAGUACACCAACUUUCUACUCGAUAAAGUUGAAGAUAAAAAAAAACUUUCAAAAUCUUCAUAGUUAAACAUUCAUUUAUUUCUAUUAAACAUACAACAUGGAAUAAUAUAAGUUAAAAUAUGCGUUCAUAGCGGACCGAUGUUGACGUUUUUUCUCAUUGGAAUGAUAUCGAGCUGAUUUCAGAGUAAACAUUAUUAAUAUUUAGUAAUAAUUAAUUUAAUAAGGG